GUCGCACAAGAGAGUCGUGCUUUGCUUCGAACUAAAUAUUAUAAUUACUGGAAUUUGUCGAAAUAUUAGUAUCGGAGAAUCGCAGUGCAGUGACUUAAUGCAAGUGCAUUCUUUCGUAAUAAUUCCGAAUUUGAUAAGAACUGCAUAAAGCACUCACAGAGAGUUUAACUAGUGUUAGUGUGGUAAAGGCUGCCGAAGUCGGUGGGUAAUCACGGAACAUAAUCGAGCCUAGUUAUAAGCAGGAGUGCGAAGUAUCACCCCUUUGCAGUGAGGGUAGGGAGUUGACGCUGCUGGUCCCUCACACACACAUACACACGACAUGAAGCUGUGGUGGUGCUGGAUGCUGCUGGCGGCGCAGGCGCAGGCCAGAGAUGUCACUGACGAGGAGUACGCGCAGUUCCCGCGGCUGUUCCACCUGGAUGAGUGGGAGUCAUGCCUGGCGCGCCCCGGCGGGAUGUACUGCCUCGGCACCUUCAGCGUGGAGCCGCUCCGGCACCCCAGCCCUCUCUACAAUAUGCUCAAGGAGUACUCGCUGGACCCUCACCACUUCAACCGCACGGAGCUGCACCGCGGCUACUGCGUGAGCUCUCGCUGCCCCUCACUGGCCGGCGAGCGCAACGCUUCCCUGCGCUUCGAGCAGUGCGCGGCGCAGUGGGCGCGGCGCGUGUCACUGCGCACGCGGCUCGCGAGGCUGCGCUACUGCCGCUCGCACGCGCAGCACGUGGCGCGCGAGCACGCGCACGAGCCGCCGCAGAGGGCGCAGAGGCUGUUCCUGUUGGCAGUCACUGCUAUACUUGUUUGCAAUGUUCUGGGGACUGUGUAUGAUGUGUUCACGGGAGAUAAUGUGAAGAAGAAUCCCCUUCUAGCGUCGUGGUCGAUUCGCAGCAACUGGCGACGCCUGACCGCGUCCUACGAAGACGGAGACCCGCGCCUCGCCGCUCUCUCGCCCGUGCAGGGGGUCAGAGUGUUUCUGAUGCUGCUCAUCAUGGCGACGCACAGCGGCUGCAUCCACGACAUGCUGUACCUGUACAACCCGAGGUGGAUCGAACAGAUCUCCCGUCACCCGGUGCUGAUGAUCUUCCUGAACGGCACGUCGGUGGUGCAGGUGUUCGUGCUGCUGUCCAACUUCCUCCUCGCGUACAACCUGCUGCUGCACUCCAAGGAACACAGCGUCUCCUUCAAGCUGCUGCCCUACAUCACUGUCAAGAGGAUAGCCAGGAUCUCCCCAGUGUACCUGCUAGUGGUGGGCUUCGCAGCCACCUGGUGGCCGAGCCUCGGCUCCGGCCCGCAGUGGACAGCAGCCGUGGCCGCCGAGAGCGACGCCUGCAAGCGCAAGCUCUGGACGCAUGCCUUCUAUCUUAACAAUCUCAUCGAUCCUGAGGACCUCUGUCUGGUACAGACCUGGUUCCUGGCAGUGGACAUGCAGCUGUACGUGCUGGCGUCGAUACUCACAGUGGUGCUGGUGCGGCAGCGAGCGCGCGCGCUGCACGUGCUGGGCGCGCUGGCGUGCGUCUCCUGCGUGCUCAAUGGCCUGCUCGCCUAUGCCUUCAACUGGAAGUCUAUCGUCUACUUCGCUUAUCCAAGUAACCUGCGCACGAUGUACGCGGGUAUCUCAUCGUUCAGCUGGCUGUACCAGGCGCCGUGGGGCAGCCUGCCCGCCUGCCUCGUCGGCCUGUUCCUCGCCUUCCUGCACUUCGAGCUGCAGGAGGCGGGAGUCAAGCUUUCUGAUUAUAAAUGGGUGCGCCUCCCCUACCACCUGUCCCCUGCCCUGAUCAUGUGGUGGGUGCUAUCAGGGGACGCAGUACGCACUCACACAGUGCCCUGGUUCACUGCGACGUACACCGCGUUGGAGAGACCAGUGCUGAGUCUGCUGGCGGGAGGGAUCGUCUUCGGGAUGGUUAAUGGACUCGAAGGUUGGCUGAAGCAGAUAUUCUCAUGGCGCGGCUGGUCGGCGCUGGGGCGGCUGUCGCUGUCGGUGCUGCUGCUGCACUGGUGCAUCAACCUCAGCAUUGCAGCCUCCAGGCCACAGCCCAUCCACAGCUCGCUACUCAGUGUGGUGGUAGACUGGCUGGCGACGAGCUGCCUCUCGUACGCGGCAGCAGUGCCCCUGACGCUGCUGCUGGAGAUGCCGGCGCUCCGGACCCUCAACUCUCUGCUGCUGCUCAAGCACAAGCAAGCCUAGCUCACCACCUGAUGGGAAACCACGUUAUCCAACGUAAAAACGAAUAAUUUUAACCAUUUUAAAAAUUGAAAUGCCAUAAUUAUUGCGUGUUCAAAUGGAGUGUAGAAAGUAGUUACCUAGGUCACGACAAACUGUAGCAAGUUGAACGUGUUCACAGUGCACAUUUGUAUAAAAAGAGAUACUGUAAAGGAAUUGUUCUUAAUUUUAGAGGAUGUCUCAGGGGUCUAACUAAAAGGUUAAUCAUUGUAAACUUCUACCAAACCAUUGCCAAAUUGUGUGAUACAGGAGAACCGGUCGUUUGUAAUCUUACAACUAAGAUUAUAAUCGGAUUGUAUUAAAAUCCGGUCUUGGUAAUGUUUAGUAUUCAGCACGACAAACUGAAUUACAAUUGUGGAUAAUAACAUAUCAAAUGAUAGUACCUAACAUUCGACAUUUAGUAGUGAAACAUGUUUUUCAGAUUUCUUUGGUAGCAAAUCUGAAAUAACAAAAUUCACGCGAAUCGAGCUGUAUUUAUCUCAUAAGUUCGCAGAGAUCAAAAAAGCUGCUAAAGUAACCAGUUUAAAGCGAAAAG